AUGGAGCUCUUUCCAGCACAACCUGACCUCUCCUUACAAAUCAGCCCACCCAGCGGCAGCAAACGAUCAUCCGCCGCCGCCACGUGGCGAUCAAGACCGACGGCGGCCGACGACCACCGCGCUACAACUUGUUUCAAGGCCCUCCGCCGCUCGUCAGACGCCGGGCCCACCACACUCGACGGCCAUCACCUGACGACCCAGCCCCAUUUCGGCCAUCAUCAUCAUCAACACCUCAACGUGUUGAGGCCCAUUAGAGGCAUCCCCAUCUACCAAACCCACCACCCACAGCCCAAUUUCCACUACGCUCAUCGUGGGCCGGGCUUUGAACCACCGUCUAUAGCGGCGGCCCAAAUUCUGGGCCCGUCGUCGAGGUUUCCGGCCAAGCGGAGCGUGAGGGCCCCACGGAUGAGGUGGACAACCACCCUUCAUGCCCGUUUUGUUCAUGCCGUUGAGCUCUUGGGCGGCCAUGAAAGGGCUACGCCUAAAUCUGUGCUGGAGCUCAUGGAUGUCAAAGAUCUUACACUAGCUCAUGUUAAAUCCCAUUUACAGAUGUAUCGAACGGUGAAGUCAACUGAUAGAGCUGCUGCUAUUUCAGGACAAUCUGAUGGGCUUGAAAAUGGGUCUUCAGGAGAUACCUCAGAUGAUUUCCUGUUGGACAUUCAAAAUUUGCAUAAAUCGAAACAAAUUGAUAUGAAGAGAAGGGAAGCUUGGAUGCAUGGGAGAAAGGGGGAUUAUGGAGUAGGAUACAUACAAUCCAUUGAGAAUGACGAUACGGAACGAAAAUGCACGAGCCCUUUAUCGAGUGGAUCACGAACGAGCCCGAAAGAGAAUAAUCCUAAUCUUGAGUUCACUCUUGGGAGGCCCCUUUGA